UGCAAACUUUGACUUGACUUCUCUACUAUCUGUCACUGCUGAAGCUCAAUCAUGAAGUUCAAGCUGCCAAACCCAGGCUUGGAAGACAGGAUACCUUCCCAUGAGAGGCUGGACAUUCUAGAGAAUGAAGAAGCAGAUGGCAGACCUAAAUGGGACAACAAGACUCAAUACAUGUUAACUUGUGUCGGCUUCUGUGUGGGAUUAGGAAAUGUAUGGCGCUUCCCUUACCUUUGUCAGAAAUAUGGAGGAGGAGCCUUUAUGAUUCCUUUUCUCAUUUUACUUGUCCUGGAAGGCAUCCCAUUGCUGCAUCUGGAGUUUGCAAUUGGCCAACGCCUUAGAAAAGGCAGUGUGGGGGUCUGGACUGCAAUUCACCCUUACAUUGGGGGAGUAGGUAUAGCAUCAAUGUGUGUCUCCUUCCUGGUGAGUUUGUACUACAACACCAUCAUUGCAUGGGUGAUGUGGUAUUUCUUCAAUUCCUUCCAAGACCCUCUUCCUUGGAGCCAGUGUCCACUCAAUGACAACAGAACAGGUUAUGUUGAAGAGUGUGACAAGAGCUCUCCUGUUGACUAUUUCUGGUACAGAAGUACAUUAAACUCCUCCACAAACAUUGAUGAUGCUGGCAGCAUCCAGUGGUGGCUGCUGCUCUGCCUUAUGUGCGCCUGGGCUGUCUUGUAUGUGUGUUGUAUUAGAGGCAUUGAAACUACUGGAAAGGCUGUGUACGUAACGUCUACCCUCCCUUACGUGGUGCUCACAAUAUUUCUGAUAAGAGGUUUAACCCUAAAAGGGUCUGUUGAUGGAAUAAUUUUUCUGUUCACACCAGAUAUCGCAGAGCUGUCCAACCCGGACACAUGGUUGAAUGCAGGUGCUCAGGUGCUCUAUUCUUUCUCCCUGGCGUUUGGGGGCCUCAUAUCCUUCUCCAGCUACAAUUCAGUCCACAACAACUGUGAGCAGGAUGCCAUGAUCAUUUCUGUCGUUAAUGGUUUUACCUCCGUUUAUGCUGCCACAGUAAUUUACUCCAUCAUCGGUUUCCGCGCAACAGAGAGAUACGACGAUUGCAAUGAUAGAAAUAUCCUGUCUCUGAUGAAUACUUUUGACCUACCUGAAAGAAACAUCACUGGAGAUAACUAUGAUGCGGUUCUUCAGAAGCUGAACCUCACAUACCCUGAGGUCAUUAAAGACCUUAAUCUAGAAACCUGCAACCUGAAUGCGCUCCUUAGUGAGGGUGUUGAAGGGACUGGGUUGGCGUUCAUUGUCUUCACAGAAGCUAUUACCAAGAUGCCAUUAUCUCCCUUGUGGUCCAUCCUGUUCUUCAUUAUGUUGUUCUGUCUGGGGUUGUCCUCCAUGUUUGGUAAUAUAGAAGGGGUCUUGGUGCCUUUACAGGAUCUGAAUGUUUUCCCAAAAUCAUGGCCCAAGGAAGCCCUCACUGGUAUGGUAUGUUUCGUGUCGUUUCUGAUUGCCUUGAUCUUUGUACAAGGAUCUGGGAACUACUGGCUGGCACUGUUUGAUGAGUUUGCUGGGUCCAUCCCGCUGUUGAUUAUCGCUUUUUGUGAGAUGGUGGGUGUUGUCUACAUUUACGGAAUUGACAGGUUUAAUGACGACAUUGAAUUUAUGAUUGGACAUAAACCCAACAUCUUCUGGCAAGCCACGUGGAGAGUGAUCAGCCCUCUUAUCAUGCUCAUUAUCUUAUUGUUUUACUUUGUCACGCAAGUCAAUAAAGAGCUCUUGUACAUUGCCUGGAACCCGGAUUAUCUUAAUUUCCCAAGCCUUGAAAGACUACCCUUCCCCCCCUGGAUCUACGUCAUUAUUUUUAUCCUAGCUGGAGUGCCGAGUUUAGUCAUUCCUGGCACAUUUCUCUUCAAAUUCAUCCGGAACCGCUGUAGAAAGCAGGAUGACCUCCAGCCUCUCCAGACCGUUGCAUCUGCUGUGUCGAUAAAUGGGCUAUCGAACUGAAAAGAAGACACCAAUUUUCUUUCCCCCAACUAAACAAAAUGAAAUGAAAUGUGACGAAAAUUGGCCAAGGGAGGAUUUGUAGCUGACUUCAUUGUAUUGAAAGGAAAUGUAUAGUACGCAAGACUGGGAUUGCUGUGAGACCAAAGAAUGGAGAUACCAGCACAGCAGCACAAACUGAAGACAAAAAAACACAUAGCCUGCAGCUUGACAACAGUAAUUAGGUUGCAGCUGAAGGGCAUAUGUUGCAUUCUCUUGACAUUAGUAUUCAUGCAGUGACAUCAAGUGGAUCCCUUCACAUUUCUUGUUUGUAGAAGGAAAAUAACUAUUAAACUAAUUUUGUUUAUUAUUUGCAAUGUGCUAUAUAUUGAAUGAUGUCAUUAUUUCACAUUUAAUUGAUAUCAAAUAGUAAAAUGGAUACUACCACUUUUGGGGGAUUUACGUUUCAAUUAUGUGAAAUGACUAAGAUUUUUUGUUUAAUGCCAAUCUUAUUCAUUAAUUGUCUGUUUAAAAAAUUGCGUUAGGAAUGUGUGCAUCAAUACUGCACAUUUCUGAUUUCAAACAUCAUAUUAACUACCAUAAAAAAGGGACAAUGCCAGGAAUUGCAGCAUUUUUAGAUUGUCAUGUUUUACAUGUAGUAUUAUAAAGGGAAUCUGUGGUGUCAGAGGCGUAAGUGCAAUUUAAACAGUACUGUGUUUAAGGACCUGUACCUUUUAAAUAAAUACAAUAUGUGAAAUUAAAAA